AUGGUAUCUCCCAAUGAUACAUGCUUUCAUCCAUCCUCCUUUAUGCUGUUGGGGAUCCCAGGCCUGGAACACUUACACAUCUGGAUCUCCAUUCCUUUCUGCUCCGUGUUCCUCACAGCUAUCAUCGGGAAUUAUACCGUUGUCCUUAUCAUUGUCAAGGAUGUGAGACUCCACCAGCCCAUGUAUAUCUACUUCAUUGUGCUUGGUUUCGUAGACCUCAUCUUAGCGAAUUCCACGAUGCCCAAGCUCUUUGGCAUCUUCUGGUUCCAGCAAAAUGAGAUUGCCUUCAGUGCAUGCCUCCUUCAAAUGUUCUUCGUGCAUGCGUUCUCCACCAUCGAGUCUAGAAUCUUCCUAGCCAUGGCCUUUGAUCGUUACGCCGCCAUCUGCAACCCACUACGGUAUUCAGCCACAGUGACCUCAAGUUUUAUUAUUAAAAGUGGAGUAUUGUCAGUGCUGAGGGGGGUGACGUACAUCCUUCCCCUACCGCUCUUGCUGAUCAGGUUCCAUCUAUACACCAGCAAUGUCAUUGUCCACUCGUACUGCGAGCACAUGGCAGUGGUCAGGCUCAUCUGUGCUGACAUCUCCUUCAAUGAUCACGUCGGCAUGGCCGUUGGGUUUCUUGUGCUGGUUAUGGACACAGUGUUUAUUACCUUCUCCUACGUGAUGAUCCUACGGGCUCUUCUAAGACUGACCGCCAAGGCUCGCAUGAAGUCCUUUGGGACAUGUGUGUCUCAUAUAUGUGCUAUCCUGUGCUUUUACACCCCAAUCCUCUGCUCCUCCCUGGUGCACAGAUUUGGAACAAAUGUCCCUCACCAUACGCACAUAUUGCUGGCGGACUUCUACCUCCUCAUGCCCCAAUGCUAA